AUGCGCGGGGCGCGGGGGAGCAUCGAGCGCAACGCGAACGCCGUCGGCGGAAACCUGGAGCGCGCCAUCCGCAUUGCGCGCGGAAACCGCCAAUUGCCCGCCUAUCUCCUCUUCCUCGUCGCGCUGAUCUCCCUAUCGGUCCUUAUUUCCCAGUCCUCUGAUUGGACGCCGUCCGCGGUCUUCGACAACGCCGAUUCGAUAACGCGCCCUCCCUUCUCCCCUCCCUGCUCCCAUCCCUGUCCCCCUCCUCUAUCCCCUUCCCCUCCCUGCUCCCCUCCUGCCCCCUUCCUGCCCCACCUGCCCCCUUCCUGCCCCUCCUGCCCCCUUCCUGCCCCUCCUGCCCCCUUCCUGCCCGCUUGCCUUGCCCUCUCCUCUCCCCGCUCUAGCUAUCUCUCCACAUCCCUCCUCUUUCCCCACCCACCUCCCCUUCACCCCACUACAGGGCUUCAGGGCAGUCGUCCCGUCCGCCCAUCUCUCCACUCUCAUCGCUCCGUAACUCUCUCCCCUGCCCUGGGCCCACUUGAUUUCCCUCUUUUGCCCCCCCCCCGGAUCUACCUCCCCUCCCCCGCCCGCCCACCUCCCCUUCACCCCACUACAGGGCUUCAGGGCAGUCCCUCCAUUUCCCCGUCUCCCCUCCCCCACCCACCUCCCCUUCACCCCGCUACAGGGCUUCAGGGGUGUCGUACCAUCCGCCCAUGUCCCCACUCUCAUUGCUCCCAAGUGUACGUCUCAAAUGUCGUACCAUCCGCCCAUGUCCCCACUCUCAUUGCUCCCAAGCUCCCUCUCUCUUGCCCUGGGGCCCCUUUCUCUCCCUCUCUCUUGCCCUGGGGCCCCUUUCUCUCCCUCUCUCUUGCCCUGGGGCCCCUUUCUCUCCCUCCUCUUGCCCUGGGGCCCCUUUCUCUCUUGCCCUGGGGCCCCUUUCUCUCUUGCCCUGGGGCCCCUUUCUCUCCCUCUGCCCCCUGUUUUUCUCUGCCUCCUCUCUGCCUCCUCUCUGCCUCCUCUCUCCUCCCCUCUCCUCCCCUCUCCUCCCCUCUCCUCCCCUCUCCUCCCCUCUCCUCCCCUCUCCUCCCCUCUCCUCCCCUCUCCUCCCCUCUCCUCCCCUCUCCUCCCCUCUCCUCCCCUCUCCUCCCCUCUCCUCCCCUCUCCUCCUCUCUCCUCCCCUCUCCUCCCCUCUCCUCCCCUCUCCUCCCUUCUCCCAGCCACCUGCCCUUCACGCCACUACAGGGAUUCAGGGCAGCAGCCCCAUCCGCCCAUCUCGCCACUCUCAUCGCUCCCAAGCUCCCUCUCCCCUGUUCGCUUUGGCUUCCUUUCUCCCUCCAUUUCCCCGUCUCCCCUCCCCCACCCACCUCCCCUUCACGCCACUACAGGGCUUCAGACCAAUCUCCCCAUCUGCCCAUCUCUCCACUCUCAUCGCUCCCAAGCUCCCUCUUUCUUGCCCUCUUCCCCUUUUCUCUCUCCCUGCCCAUUCUGUCUUCCCCCCCUCAGCCACCUCCCAUUCACGCCGCUACAGGCAUUCAGGGCAGCAGCCCCAUCUGCUCAUCUCCCCACUCUCAUCGCUCCCAAGCUCCCUCUCCCCCACCUCCCCUUCACUCCCUUACAGGGCUUCAGGGCAGCAGCCACAUCCGCCCAUCUCGCCACUCUCAUCGCUCCCAACCUCCCUCUCCCCUGCUCCCUUUGACUCCCUUUCUUCCUCCAUUUCCCCGUCUCCCCUCCCCCAGCCACCUCCCCUUCACGCCACUACAGGGCUUCAGGACAGUAGCCCCAUCCGCCCAUCUCUCCACUCUCAUCGCUCCCAAGCUCGAGCCAGCAGCAGCGCUGGCAGAGGGGGUGAGGAGGGACGUGCAACUUAUUAUCCGGAAUCUCACUUCCUCUACGGAUUUUGGGUUUGCUUCCUGUGACGCACCAGAGGGGGCGGUGAGUUCUGGUGGUGGUGAGUGGUUGGCAGUGGUGUGGAGAGGGGGCGUCGCUCCCACGCAACUGGACUCUGCUGCCCAUGCGGAAGGAGCUCCAGUGGGAGACAAGGUGCUGGACUUGAAGCGAUGUCUGCUGAAGCGUCUACCAGAGCUGAACCUUCUCUACAUCUCAACGGACGAGCGCUCCCCAGGCUUCUUUGACCCCCUUAAAGACCCUCUUCCUUCUGCUACCUCCUCUGCUGUUGCAUUUCCUGCCAGUCUCCUCAAGCGUCUACUGGAGCUGGUUCAGCCUGGUAGAUUCCUCUACAUUUCAACGGACGAGCGUUCUCCGGGUUUCUUCGACCCCCUAAAAGAAAAGUUCAACGUUCGGAUGCUCGGGGAUUUCAAGGACUUAUGGGCACCGGGGAGUGCGUGGUAUCAAGUCUACUCGGACAUGCUGGGGAAGGAUGUUACUUUCGACUCGUACAUGGAGGUAUGCUGUGUGGUGGUGUGCGGUGGUAAGUGGUGGGAUGCAGUGGUCUACUCGGACAUGCUGGGGAAGGACGUCACCUUUGACUCGUACAUGGAGGUCUACUCGGACAUGCUGGGGAAAAAUGUGGAGUUUGACUCGUACAUGGAGGCAAUGGUGGACUAUGAGGUUACAAGGCUGGCUCAAAAGGCCAUUGAGACGUUCAACGACCUCACCAGUGAUCCUAGGGAUGGCAUGCAAUCAUGA